AUGAUGGUACGUUAUUAUGGCAAACAUUCAGCUAAAAUGUUUCUGAGGGGAAAGCCUAUCAAAUUUGGAUAUAAAAUUUGGUGUCUUACAAGUUCCAAUGGCUUUCCUUAUAAUUUUUCGCCAUACUGUGGCAAGACUGACAACAAACAGGAGCCUUUAGGAGCAAGGGUAAUAAAUGAACUAACCAGCAUGAUUCCAGAAUCAGAGUAUCCGAAUUAUAAGCUUCUCUUUGACAAUUUUUUCAUCAGUGUUGACACAUUGAUCACACUCAGAAAGAGUAAAAUGAAAGCUACAGGAACAAUAAGAGAGAUCCAAACUAUUGCAUGUCCUUUGAUUGACUCGAAAAGAAUGGCAAAAGAAAAGGAACGAGGAUUUUAUGACUACAUGUUUGACAAAGAGAACGAAGUUCUGGUUGUGAAAUGGAGUGACAACAAACCAGUAUGUGUAGCGACUAAUUACAGUACUAUUACUCCUCUGAGUUCCACUAAAAGAUACUCACGGGCAAAGAAAAAGGAAAUAUCUGUUAGAAUGCCACAUCUCAUUGAAGAAUACAAUGCCCUUAUGGGUGGCAUAGAUCUACUGGACAAGCAGAUAAAACUUUAUAGGACGAGGAUAAGGUCAAAGAAAUGGUGGUGGCCAUUAUUCACACAGAUGAUAGAUAUCUGCGUAGUAAACACAUGGCAUGCAUCCCAAAUUGCUAACUCUAAUGAGAAGCUCUCACUUUUGGAUGUCCGACAGAGAAUAGUGAUGUUUUACCUAUCAAAGAAAACAGGAUCAGUACCAAAACACAGAGAACCACAAGGAAGAAAAUUGAUAGGAGGACGGGUGGACACAUCCAGAAAUCAUUUCAUUGUACCAAGUAAAACGCAGAAGAGAUGUGCUUACUGCAAGAAAAAAAAAAAACAACAAAAAUUUGUGAUAGGUACAAUGUUGCUGUACACGAAAAAAAUAGGGCCUGCUUUUUUGCUACGCUGUCACGUAAGAUUAUGGCAUAAGAAAGUUGGCCCACUGAGUGAAAGCAAGGUAACAACACUUUCGGAUGUCAAACAUCUAAAAGAGGUCUCUGUUAGCAUCUGCAGUCAUUUCACUGGAUUAUUACUUGCAUGUUUUUAUCUUGUAACAAGGAAAUUAUCUAUCAUCAACAAAACAGGUAAUACAAAUCAAAGAGAUGUAAGGUUUUACAUACGAUAUUGGAUAGGUCAAGGGAACAUAUUUGCAGGUAGUUCGCUAUCUUUAACAAAACAGUAA